AUUUUUAAUAAGAGACAAGAAUUCAUGUUACUCACUAUUUUAUCUUAUUUCAUGCCUAAUUUUUAAAUCACACAGAAUAUUUUGUCAUAUUUCUACCAUUAGUAUCAUAUAUACCAAUCACACCAUAAGCAUCCAAAGCCAACCUAAAAGUCCACUACUUUCUUAAUCUAUUACUCAUAAUUUCUAAUUUCUAGUUUCUAUCUGAAUUAUGUCAUUUAAUUUCUCUCGAGAGUUCUUCAAGAUAAUGCAAAAUGGUGAAUUGCAUAACGGAGAGCUUAAGGUUCCCAAAUCUUUUGUGAAGUUACAUUGGAAAGAAGUAUCAAACCCAUUAUUCCUUACACUACCAAAUGGUACUAAACAUGAAAUAUGUUGGGUGGAACGCAAAGGUGAUAUUUGGUUUCAAAACAAAUGGGGAAAUUUUGCAAAGUGUCUUAAAUAUGGACAUCUUUUAAUUUUUAAGUACUUAGGAGGACCCUAUUUCAAGGUUAAGAUAUUUGGUGACAAUAAUAUAGAAAUAGAUUAUUCCAAUAUAAAAUCUGUAGAUGAAGUUGGUGAAGCUAAGGAAGGGAGUGAUGAUAGUGAAACACUCACACAAACUCGAAGGACAAAAAAUGGCAAGAAAAAAGUUAAUGUGGAUUUUGAUUCUACCCAUAAAAAAAUUUCAGGUAAUAACAGAGGAGGCAUGACUAAGAAAGCUAAAAGAUGGCCAACAGUUGAAGCUGUUAAUGAGAGAGAGAAUCCAAGUUUUGAACUAACUAUGUCAAGAACUUAUGCCCAAGGUCAUUUAUUGGGGUUACCAAGUGACUUUUCAAGAAAAUAUUUGAACGAGUUCAAAGGGAGUGGAAAUAUAAGGGUUGGUGAAGAUAGGGCUUGGAAAGUGAAUUUCUACUUUGAUGGUGUAAAUAGAAGAUCUAUUGUGACCAAAGGUUGGAGGUUAUUUGCAAAGGAAUAUAACUUGCAAGUUGGUGAUAAAUGUAAAUUUGAAAUGACUCAACUCAAACCACCUUCAUUCACUAUUACUAUUAACAAGUUGCAAGGGAUCUCUUCUUAUGAUGAUAUUGCAAAAAGAAAAGCCAUUAAAGGAACUUCUUGGAGUUACCUCAAAAUAAAAGAUUUCGAGAAUUUGGAAGGUGCUAUUAUGAUGAAACAGAACACAUUCAAGGUUUAUGUGAAUUCCUCAUACCCGUAUUUAUCAAAUGAGUUUUUGAAGACAUUUAGUGAUUGUCAUGGAAAAUUCUUGAAGUUGAAAGUGAAGGGAAAAUCGUGGAAUGUAAAAGUGAGUAAUUAUCCUAAAAGUGGUAGGUUAUAUGCAGGCUGGAGUCAAUUUAAAGAAGGUAACAAAUUGGAGUUUGGAGAUAUUUGUGUAUUAGAGUUGAUUGAUGAGAAAAAAUUUGUGUUUGAAGUUUCAAUUGAAAGGAAACACCACUAUGGUGUUUGAUCUAGUACUAUUGUUCUUUAGUAUAACAUUUUUUUGCUUUGUUAUUUUGUUACUUCAUUCCGUACAUUUCAUAUGAAUUUUCAGCAAAAUCAUGUGCAUCUUUGAAUUAAC